AUGGCUCCUCCUGCCCCAUUCUCGCGCCUUCAAUUAGCAGCUGCUCUGUUGGAGUACGACAAUGAUCCAGACAACCCAGAUGCACCUUACCGAUCUGCACAAGACAGCGCAAUAUUUGCCCACCUCCGCCGGAAUCCAGCAGCUCGCCCAGAGUUAGCUACUCGCAAAAGUGAAUAUCUAACAAGCGAUGGUGGCAGUAUAGGAGGCGGGGAAUCUACUGUCGAUGUCAGGCGUUCCCGGGGUUCUAGAGGUUCGAUAGAUGCCCUGCGAAAUCCUUUUGGAGGAGACAUCUACUCAGACACGGGACACUAUGAAGAGGACGAUGAAUCACAGGAAGAUUUGGAGGUAGACCUUGCAUCUUGGGGACUCGACGCUUUCAUGCCAAAGGACAAGGGGUCCAAGUCGGCUAAGGCGAGAGGGAAACAGCCAGCCGUGAGCUCGACGCGGACUCGAUAUGCCUCAACAAGUCACGAUUCAACGGCGCCAAUUCCUCGAUGCGGCAUUGUGACGACCAAAUCGAUGAGCGUUGGUGGUCAAAUGGACUUUGACACUGAAAGAUUGCAAGAGGACCGCCGACGGUCUUUUGGCUCGCCGUUAGACUUGGUAGGGAUAGAAGCUACGGAUAUACCUUUUGCGCAUCGACGGAUGACCUCACAGGCGUCUUUAGCCCCCUCUCAAGCCGCGAUGGUGCCGUUCCCGUCUGGUUCAGUGCGAUCUCCUUCUCCAAGGCCCGAGCAUGCUCUAGAUGCUAGAUCAGUCGCUCACGGCCGGACAUAUUCAACUCCAAGCAUGACUUCGAGAUUCCUCCCGGACGGAAUGGACGAAACUGGACCCCGACAGCGUAUCACGUCGAUUGGCACAAUGGAUAACCUUGAACCAGCAGAAGACAACCCUUUUGCUAUCAAACGUCCUGCUCAUACCUCUCGCUUUGAUCCAAAGUCAGCUCCUCGUGCAAGAUCCUAUUCCAAUGCUUCGUUGGGGUCGAGAAUGGUGCUCGAGAGUGAUGGUGCAUCGGUCAUGACUGGAAACCCGUAUGCCAGAGAGCGUCGUCUGUCGACUCUGGAGUUGCUUAGACCGAAGGUCCUUGUCAUGCCCAGUCCUCUUCAACCUGUCUCUACUAAUGUCGCACCUGAGCCUACACGCAGGGCCAGAGAAGGGUUUGAAUUAACGACAGAUGGUCCUCCUUUACCACCCGGCGCUCGCUCGUCGAGGAGAUUGUCAACUUCUAUCUCUGUAUUCGAUUCUGGAGGAGAAAAUGUUCCUGUUGCAUCCAAUUCGUUUACACCUAACCCUCUUCUAGACCUAACUCCUUCUCAAAAACUUUUUCGUAAUACGUUGGUCGUUGGCGGCCUUUCAUCCGCAACUGACAUACCUAGAGCCACCCAGGACGGUGAACAAGCUCAAUUGGAUCCAUCAGGUGCAGACGAGGUUCCUGCUACGCCGGCCGUUGGUGAAGUUGUUGGGAAUCCUUCCAGACCGGCCGGCAAGCUCUACGGAAAGAGCCUCAUUGACGACCUUGAAAAUCGUAAGGCUCAAAUGCGUAGCAAGCAACGAGUCUUUACAGGAGACCAAAGACCCUCGAUGAUGGCCCGAAGUCAACAACGCUCGAGUACGCUUAUUGAUCCUGUAUCCUUGCAGAUUCGACCUCCAGCGCAAAGGAUGAGUUCCUACGGAUCUCAAAAUGCAGAGCAAGGUCUAGAGAAGCGGAAGAGUCUCGGUAGACGCGGUUCACUGAAUGCCAAACCUCUGCUCAACUUCGAUGACGAGAACAAAGGCAAGGCACCUCAACUUUCACCAAACCCCCAACGUUUGCCAACGAACCCUUCGGUCUUCGGAGUUGAUACCCUCUGGGAAAGGGAAAUGGCGAAAUUGAAGGAAAUGCAAGCAAUUGAAGCGAUCGAGAAAGAAGAGCAAAGAAAAGCAGAGGCUGAGGCCGAGCGAAAGAGGGCGGAGAAGAGGAAUAAACGGAAGAAAAAGGGAAAAGGAAAGGAGAAUUCUCUUGAACAAGUGGAGACGCCUCCAAAGGAAGACCUUAAUGUUGCGGUUGCACCGCCUAUCCUACCCGAUAUUCAACGCGCCACACGACGUACGCCUCCAAAGCUUUCAGACUCAGAUGUAAGUUCGGGGAGUGACGACGAGACGCCAACACACCAGAGGGCUCCAGAUGCUCCUGCAUGGCACGACUCUUCCGACGAAGAAGGUGGAGCACCUCGCCGAACGACGGGGGUGGGUCCGCGAAACUCAAACCAUGGCCGAAAGGCAGCGCUUCCACGGGAUGACCACGAUAGUGAGGAAGACGUGCCUCUUUCAGCCACCAUUUACAAGGCCGUUGUCCGUGCCAGUCUUUCUCCCCCCAGGCAUCUGGAAGAUUCCGAUUCCGAUGACAGGCCGUUGUCGCAAGUUGUUCGGAGCAAAGCAAGCUUGUCUCCCAUUCCCCCCACUUUUAGUAAAUUGACACUCAAUAACCUCGAAAACACACCCGACAGUGAUGACGAUCAGCCACUCGGUCUCCGCGCGUCCCGCGUCCCGUCAGGACUUUCAAAUACCGGCAACGACGACGACAUGCCUCUCGCUUUCCAUCCCGAGCAACAGCGCAGGACGCAGUACCAGAUGUUCGCUCAGCAGCAGCAGCAACAACAACAACAGAUGCUUAUGCAGGCGCAAAUGCAGAGCAAUAUGAUGAUGAGUGCUUCGAUGAUGGGUCCCAAUUAUUUUGCGCCUACAAUGAUCAACCCAAUGGCAAUGAUGCAGCCACAGGUCCCUAUGCCCAUUCCGUCGCCUCCCCCCAUGGUGGAUCCAGCCAAGUUCGGCAGCGUUGAUCGCUGGCGAAGAGGUGUGGCUGUCGAAGGAGAAAAUCCCUGA